AUGCCUUUUGUUGUGGCAACAUUGGAUGGUUUGAGAGAUUUGGUGCUAGCAUUGGAGGGUUUGCGAGAUUUGGGGAAAACCAAACGGUUGUGGGAUUAUAUGGGUUGGUUACUGGAGCCUGUUUUGGAGGAUUUCGAUGCUGGAAAUAUAAACACAGAUCAAAUCCAAACCCAAAAUUCAAAUGUUAAUCAGUCUGGUAAUCCAUCAAAUAUUGUAAAUCAUGAUCCUACCCAACCAAACAGUCCAUAUUUUAUUGGGAGCAAUGACAACACUGGAGCCAUGCUUGUUACUCAUACUUUGGAUGCUAAUAACUAUCACUCAUGGGCUCGUUCAUUGAAGAGGGCAUUACGAAUCAAAAACAAGUUAGCAUUCAUUGAUGGAAGCUUAAAAGAGCCUGCAGAUCCAAAUGAUCCACUCAUGGAGCACUGGCUGCGUUGCAAUGAUAUAGUGAUUACCUGGAUGCAAAACACCAUUGCUGUUGACAUCAAGUGUAGCACCACAUAUGCCGAGACAGCGCACCAGCUAUGGAUUGAGCUGGAACAGCAUUUUGCUCAACAAAAUACACCUCGAAUUUUUGAAAUUAAGCAGGCAAUAAGUAUGUUACUACAAAAUGAAAAACCUGUAAGUGUCUAUCUCUCCAAAUUCAAAACUCUUCUAGAUGAACUCAUGAAUUAUGAAGCUGUGCCUAAUUGUAGUUGUGGGAGUUCAAAGAUUGUUAUUCAAAAUCAACAAAGGGAUUGGGUAAUUAAAUUUUUGAUGGGUUUGAACGAUUCAUAUAAAGGGAUCAAGGCACAAAUCUUGCUAAUUAAACCAUUUCCCAUCUUGAAUGAAGUUUAUUCAAUAAUACAACAAGAGGAGAAAAUGAGGGAAAUAUCAACUGAGGGGUCUUCACAUGAGUCUAUGGCACUUCUUGCAAGGGGGAGCUUUAAAGAAAAAGGGAAAAAAAUACUCAAAGGAGGGAUAGAUACUACUGCACAUUUUGCAAAAUUCCAGGGCAUUCACUUGAAAGAUGUUUCAAAGCAAAUCCAGACAAACCAGUUUGCACUUAUUGUCAAGUUCCUGGCCAUUUAG